UGGACUUCUUUUGACUGUUUGGCUGUAUAUACAAAGGCAUAUUAACUUAAUUAGAUCCUGUCUUACCAGUGAAGCAAUAAUGCUAAAAGAGCUAGGAACCGCGACAGGUGGCAUCUUAGUCUGCCUCAUUCUACUGAUUGUUCCAGAGACGCAUUCGUGGACGGUUCAACAUGAUGACAGUGUCUGCAUGAUAAUGACCUUCAAUGCUAGCAUUGAAUUCAAUUCAGAUGGUAUUGAUACUUCCUUCAUACCUCUUAACGCCCUGAGUGAUGGCUCAGUAUGUGGUCAAUCAUUUUCCAUCCUCCAUCUCGAGUUCGACCUCGGUGAUCAUCACGAAGUCACCUUGUCUUUCGGUUUCAACGAGACGGAGUCGGAUUGGUUGAUGUCGGAGAUAAUAGUGGAACUCUACAACCUAAAAACCUCUAAAGGCUUCGUACAAAUAACAGAGAGUGGGUUUGAAGAGUUCAGCACUCCACUCGGUCACUACCUGCAGUGUGAAUCGCGGGUUAUGAUUGACGAUGUUUCGCUGACCUUCACAGAGAUCGAGACAAUGCAACCGUUUGCGACCAGCGAAGACCCCGGAAAAGAGCACGAUUGCGAGGCCGAUCAGGGAUAUGAUGAUUCAAACACUGGACUCAUCGUAGGCUGUGUUCUAGCCGCAAUGGCGGUAGCUGUCAUCUCAUGCUGCGUCUGCAGUCGCAUGCGAAAGAGACGGCAGAGUCGUCGCUACCGUCGUUCCAAAAACUACGUCAGUUAGAAGAGUGUAUACAAUGGUUGUAUCUCUAGUGCUACAUGCAAUUGAAGUUGUACAUGAAACGUCAUUAGGGACUUUUAGAUUUGCGUGGGCUGA